UGCCAGUAGCAAAACAUAUAUUCGAAAAAUGUAUAAUGGAAUAUCUGAAAGACAAGAUUUGCGUUCUCGUUACGCAUCAAAUACAAUUUCUAAAUUCUGCUAGUAAAAUUUUAGUGUUAAAGAAGGGAAAAUGUGAAUUCAUUGGAAAUUUCAAUGUAUUGGAAAAUUCAGAAAUGCUUACAGGAAUUUUGCCAAAGGAAGAAAUCGCUAAAAAUAGCAUGGAUUUAGAGACUGUGGUUUUCAAUGAUGAGGAAAUAAUCGGAAUCACUCAAUCUGAAGUAAAUAAUCACAUUGUAGACAGUUACCACGGCGAUGCGGAAGCUGAAAAUAACCAAAUACCACGCGACAAUGAAGAAGUUGAGAAACCAGGAAUUUCAGUCUAUAAAUCAUACGUGGAUGCCGGAGCAGGACUUUUCUUCAAGAUCGUUAUUUUAUCUAUGCUAAUAAUAUCGCUAUCCGUUACAAGUGCCAGCGACUACUGGCUAAUCAAAUGGCUGAAAGAUAUUAGAAUCUAUAGCCAAAACGAAGAGAAUCUCGAAAAUAUGAUAUCUAAUAAAAGUUUUUUUAACGAAUUUAAAAACAAUAAUUUUUACUAUAGUAAAUAUUAUGACAUGUAUGUUUAUGUAGGAUUGAUAUGUGCUGUAUUUCUUACUUCGUUACCUUCAGGAUUAUUGUUAUACAAAUUUUUUACAAUUGCUUCUUUCAAACUUCACAACAAUAUGUUUCGUUGUAUCAUUCGAACUCCGAUAGCAUUUUUGGAUAACAAUCCCGUUGGAAAAAUCUUGAAUCGAUUUUCCAAAGAUGUUGGUAGCAUGGAUGAUUUGAUUCCUUUCUUUACUUAUAUUUUAAUAAGGGGAGGCUUAAUUCUUGUUGGCAUGUGUGUUGUUCAAGCAAUCGUCUGUCCUUAUCUACUUGUAUUAAUUGCUGUCCUUUCAAUAAUAUUUUACACUUUGUGGACAAUUUUCAGCCGAGUGUUAAAAAGCAUAAAACAUCUGGAAGGAAAAUUGAGAAGUCCAGUAUUUUCUCAUCUGAGUGUAUCUCUUUACGGACUAACAACAAUUAGAGCAUUUAAUGCUGAAAGCAAGUUUAAAUCUAUGUUUAAUAAGUAUCAGGAUAAGCACACUUCAACGUGGUUUCUUUACUUGGCAUUAAAUCGAUGGCUUUCCGUAUACGGUUACAUAAUUUGUUUCAUAAAUCUAAUUAUCACUGUUAUUGUUUUAGGUGUUUCAAAUAAUACAGAUAGCGCAGGAAGCCAAAUUGGACUUGUAUUGAAUUAUGGAAUACUAAUAAUGAUAGGUGUUCAAAAUUUUAUUGGAUUUACAUCUGAAGUAAAAUUUCAGAUGAACUCUGUAAAACGCAUUCUGAAAUACAGCAAUUUGAAAUCGGAAGCAUCCUACGAUAGUUUGCCUAAUAAACGGCCACCAUCUGAUUGGCCAGAAAGAGGAGAAAUUCAUUUCGAUAAUGUUUCUUUGCAAUACUCCAAAGAUAAAAAUAUUGUGUUAAAGAACUUAACAUUUCAUAUUCGCUCCGGAGAAAAGAUAGGAAUUGUUGGGAGAACAGGAGCAGGAAAGAGUUCUAUAAUUGCUGCAUUAUUUCGCAUGACAGAGCCAACAGGAACGAUAAUCAUCGAUGGUGUUGACAUUAAAGAUAUUGGACUUCGGGAUCUUCGUAGUAAAAUAUCCAUCAUUCCUCAAGAUCCUAUGUUAUUUACCGGGCCACUUCGAAGAAACAUGGAUCCUUUUAAUGAAUAUUCUGAAGAAAUGCUGUGGAAAGCCAUAGAGGAGGUACAAUUAAAAGAAGUUAUUAGUAAAUUACCUGGAGGAUUGGAUUCGCAUUUAACAGAAGGAGGGCGAAAUUUCAGCGUGGGAGAAAGACAGUUAAUUUGUCUUGCCAGAACCAUUCUUCGCCAGAAUAAAAUUCUUGUCAUGGACGAAGCAACGUCCAAUAUUGAUAAAAGAACCGAUUCCUGUUUACAAAAAAUAAUUCGAAAAAAAUUCAAAUCUUGUACGGUGUUGACGAUAGCCCACAGAUUACAUACAAUUAUCGAUUCGGAUAGAGUACUGGUAUUAGAUACAGGUAAAGUACAAGACUUUGAUUCGCCGUAUGCAUUACUGAAGAACGUAAAUGGUAUAUUUCAUAAUUUGGUAAAGAAGACGGGAGUAGCUUCAAUGAAUGAAUUAUACGAAAUUGCCAAAACUAAAUAUUACGCUAAACAGAGGGUCGAGCAAACAAAACUAUAAAACAAUGAAUAUUAUUAUAUGUAUACACUAUGUAGAUCUGGUGUUAUGAAUUUUUUAUUUAAUUUAGAUCUUAGAGUGGUAUUUCCAUACAUCACAUAACACAUUAAAUUGUAAAAAUCUGAACAUUUGUUAGUAUAUGCAAAUUCCACAGUUCAAUUUAUACAUGCUGAUCUUUUAUUGAGAUGCAAUCAGCAGUUUUUGAGAUAAUAUAAUGAGUAAUGUUUACAAUGGUUUAACUUCAGAGUUUUACUGUAUUAAAAAACAGAAUAUAGAUUUAAUUUAUAUAAUUAAAACAAAUUUUGUUUACUACUUUAAUCAGAACAAUCUUAGUCAAGAAUAUAAUUUUAAUUGUAAGUAUGUGUGCUUGUAAAAAUUUGGUUUAUGGCAAUAAUUAAAAAAAAUUAUAUGAUUCAAAAUGUUUUUGCAUUUGUAUUAUCUCUUUUCGUGUGUCUAAUAUUCAAUCGAUGUGUUAUUGAAAACUGGUAUAUAAUUUAUUGUAAUCUGUUGUGUUUAAGAGGAGAAACAGAAAAUUUUCAGAACUGCGAUAAAGUUAGUUAUAGUGAUUCGAUGCACUGUGCGUAUAGUUUAUUUUAUAAGCUUACGUAACUAAUUUUACAUUAUAUAAGGGCACACAUUUAUUAUUAUUCUGUAAUUUAUUAAUUUUUCUAUCAUAUCAAUAUAUCAUCAAGAGUGUUAUACCCCGUUCGCACACAAUCUACGACCCACUUCGAUCACGAUUUACCCACAAUCUGGAUUGUGACUGUCGCCAGUGGAACGUCGUGCUGUUCGCACAGGUAACUCGCUUGAGAAGAACACGCGAUGAUAAAAUUGACAUAACU